AGUGGUGAUUGACACCGGCAGGUAUCGGGCCUUAAGUGACAAGAGCGGGGCAGCCGAAGCGGAACAGACAGCCUAGAAGAGCAGUAAAAGCAAAGGCACAGGACGGAAAGAGACUAGAGAGGCAUCUGCUACGGUUACCGUUGCAUGGUGGAUGAUUAUGGCGCAGGAGACAAAACACAGCCAGGCACCGCUGCUAUGCUCUACAGGUUGUGGCUUCUAUGGUAAUCCUCGAACUAAUGGCCUCUGUUCUGUGUGCUAUAAAGAGCAUCUACAGAGGCAAAACAACAGCGGCGGGAGAAGUAGUCCUCCAGUUGUCUCAGUAGGAAGUGGAGUGGAGGUGUCAACCCCACAGAAUGCAGAGAGCUCACAGUCGAGUGACGUAGCGGAGCCUGUGGUUCCACAGACUACACAGGCCAGCUCGUUGCCACUCUUGGAAACUGGGUCGUCCUCUUCACAAGCUGAAAAUGCAGAGAGCAGAACUACAGAUACAAAAGAAAUACCAGCUGCCACAUCAGACAGUGCACAGAACUCAUCCGAGGAACUUGAUCGCUCUCCUGAAAAAGCCAAGCUGAAAAAGAACCGUUGCUUUAUGUGCCGCAAAAAGAUUGGACUCACUGGGUUUGAAUGUCGAUGUGGAAAUGUAUUCUGCGGGACUCAUCGUUACUCUGAUGUGCACAGUUGCUCUUAUGACUACAAAGCGGAUGCAGCUGAGAAGAUCAGGAAAGAAAAUCCUGUUGUGGUCGGAGAAAAGAUUCAAAAAAUAUAAGAGGGGCUGAAAGAUCUGUGUCCCUGAUGAAACCUGCUUUGUGCUGCGGGAGAUGGGCCUUGGUGGGAAAAUGGAAAAAAAAAAUCUUUCAAACCACCUUGUGUCUUUUUGACUCUGAUUCGAGGGAUACAGUUGUGCCGGCUUUAAUUUUUUUCAGUUUUAGUUUGAAUUUUUCCUAUAUUAUUUCAUCUUUUUCCUGAAUCUUCUGAGUGGGGAAAAAAAGGAUACAAAACAGACUUGAGUAAAAUCUUCUACAAGUUUUUCAUCCUUUUCAGACCGGUUAGAUUAUUUUUUAGAGACACAGAGGAUUUAAAAACAGGAGUUCACGAUACUAUUUGGCAUAUUUUGUGUUUUCAACCGACGAGCAGUUACAUGUAGGUUUAUUCUUCAGAGGACAGUUACCCUUGCAUUACAAAACACAACACACUGCAAGGUUCUCUGGUGCCCAAAAAAUUAAGCCAAUAACUCCUUAACCCAUUGUAUUUAUCCUAAAGUAAAUGGAUCGAUAUUUUAUUGGACCAAUUUAAUUAUGUAUGCUUGUGAGUUCUAGAGAAACGGUCUCCUCGGAGAGCUUAGCUCUAUGAACUUUCUGCUCUACAACAUAUUGUGUGAUUGUUUGGAUGAUUAAAGAAACUCUUACUAUAUAAACUGUGAUGCAUUAAAACAAUAUAACCUGAUUGUUCCCCAUCAGGUGGUGCAUUUCUUUGUUCAUUUAAUAGGUGCUAUUUAGCCCUGAUUUGGUUGAGUCUGCAGUCAGCUUGAGAUCAGUUUGUUCAUCUCUAGGCUGGGAGAUUGGUCUGUAUACAGGAAACUGAGCAUCUAUCUUCCACACUUUUCCCUUUUUUCUCCAGCCUGAGAAUGUUGACAACUGACUUUUUUUUAAGUAGAGAAAUCAGAUGUGUGAAUGUUGGUCCCCCAAGGAAAGGCUUAAUGUUUGUCAAUCUUAUUAAAUAAAAGUUAAAAAUCUAGAGUAA